CGAGUAUUUGACUAGCGAGUGGCGACGCGGCAGACGGCGACAACCUCCGGCGAGGUGACGACCGGCAGUGACAGCUUGGAAUCAAACUAAUAAUGAAUAAGGGAGGGCUCGGAGGUGGCGGAGCAGGCGGCCCCACUGCUGCGGCGGCGGCUGCGGCGGCGCAGAAGCAGAAGACUUUGUUGCAGAGAGUCGACAACGAUAUUGGGAGCAUUGUUGACAAUUUCAGCUUCAUUGUUAAUGUUGCACGGGUGAAUGAUCCACCGGUUAGAAAUUCCCAAGAAGCUUUUAUGAUGGAGGUGCGAGCAUCCAGAAUGGUUCAGACAGCUGACUCACUGCUAAAGUUGGUGUCGGAGUUGAAGCAAACUGCCAUCUUUUCUGGAUUUGCAUCGCUAAAUGAUCACGUAGAGCAAAGAACUGAGGAAUUUAACCAACUGGCCGAGAAAACAGACCGCAUGUUAGCUAGAAUCGGAGAGGAGGCGGCUUCUAGCCUUAAAGAACUUGAAUCGCAUUAUUACUCUUCUGCCCAGAGAAACAAUCUGCUCUCUGAAAACCAUGAACCAGAAACCUGAAAUACAAAUCCUAGACUAUUACUGAGAAAGUUAGCCUUUGAAUAUAUUUCAUUUAGAUAUAUGACUACUUUCUUCAUAUCCCUUGAACUAUCAUAUGUAGUAGCUAUAUUGUAAUUAUUGAACUAUCAUAUGUAGUAGCUAUAUUGUAAUUAUAAUCUUUUGUAAGCUGAAUCCCUUUUUCUUAUUGGACUAUGUACUUCCAAAUUUGAUUUCUUUUGCA